CUGUCAAGCAACUCGGCGUGUCGUUGAAUUACAAGACGCCGUAUCCCCGCCAUCCCCGCCAUCUCCCACGCCACGGUUCCCACACUAUUGAUUGAUUGGCCUUGGCCUCUUGUUAUUUCGUACGGAACUGUUCAGCCGCAGCGUCCCCUGAUAAUCUCGCAUCGUCGUCGCCACUCAAAACUUCUUCAACAGACGUUCUUCCUCGUUUUGUCCCUUUCAUCUGCAUACAUAUUCUAUUGCAGCAGACUUCACAAAAUGGCCCCGCUGGACCUCCCACAGUUGCCUGCUCCUCACAAGGAGCUGGCCAGGCACAUUGCGCAGCACCCAGAGCAGGCGGUCGAGGGCAUUAUGGCCCCGUAUCGCAAAUAUGAGGCCCGUCUGCGCGAGGUCUAUGCCCAGGACCGCCAGAAUCCUGCCCUGGACGACCCGUACAUCAAUGUCGUUCCACUCUUCACAGAUGACACCAAGCACAUCACCACCCGAGCUCGGGACUUGUCCCAAGAAUCGCCGGAGCAGCAGUCCAAGUACAUCAUGGCUCUACCAGACGACAAACGUCGCCCUCACGGCUCACCAGCCACGGUCGCCGACCUGGCCGAGUUCCAGCACAACUUCGGUGUCUUUUCCGAGUCCUCUUUGGUCGAGUUAGACUGGAGCAAUGUGGUCGCUGCAGGGUCUUCCGUUGUCAACUGUCUCCUGCCCGUCCCCCAGGACUUCAAGGUGUCGAAGCGCAAGCUGCGUGAGUAUUAUCACGAGAAGUUUUGUCCCGCCUCCGACGUCGACCUUUUCUUGUACGGCCUUACGCACGAGCAAGCUAUUGAGAAAAUUAAGCAAAUUGAACGCGCUAUCCGAGAUGCUCUUCUCAACGAGGUUACCGUCGUGCGUACCAAAUACGCCAUAACGAUUGCCAGCCAAUAUCCAGUGCGACAUGUUCAGAUCGUUCUUCGUGUCUACAAAUCCAUUAGUGAAAUUUUGACCGGCUUCGAUAUUGACGCCGCUGGGGGUGCCUACGAUGGAAAGCAAGUAUACGUAACCCCGCGAGCUCUUGGUAGUUUUAUCACACAGAUCAAUCAUGUCGAUCUCUCUCGCCGGAGUCCUUCUUACGAGAACCGCCUGUCCAAGUACUCUCACCGCAACUUUGAAGUGUACUGGCCCGAGCUCGAUCGAUCUAGGGUUGAUCCUACCAUAUUUGAGCGAAGCUUUCAACGAACGCUUGGUUUGGCCAGACUACUGGUCCUGGAGCGCCUCCCCACCAACUCUGCCCGAGAGGCCUACUUGAAUAAGAGACGCAUGGAACGCGGCAGACCAACCAGGCACACCAACCGAUUUCCAAUCAGAGGCAACAUCAAAGAUUCACAUGAGGACGAAGUUGCCGACUGGUUGUCAGAAGAGGACAUCAGCAACUACCAUACCUUCACCGUCCCAUAUGGAGAAAAGUUCCACGCGAAGCGCAUCGAGAAGCUCUGCUACACCAGGGAUCUCCUUCUCAAUGCCGAGUGGAAUCAGUCUAAGGAUCGUGAAGUCUACCUCCACCGUCACCCGGCUUUUUUCGGUCGCGUCGAGGAUGUCAUCGAGGACUGCUGCGGAUUUUGCCCCAAGCCUGUUUCGCCCGAGGAGAUCGAGGUUGCUGGGAAGGAGGCCGAGAUCUAUAUCUCGGGCAAAGUAUCGUUUCUUAUCGACGAUCCUGGACGCCAACAAAUCGGUUCCUUCAACCCCUUGACCGAGCAAGACUGGACCGACAUGGCCUAUGUCGGUAACACUGCGAGAUUGUGUCAAUCCAUUGUGGAUGGCGACAUCGACGACGUCCUCAAUUGGCUCUCUCAAGAAGAUGCUGACCCCAACAAGCGCGAUUACACCGGCCGCACACCAUUGCAACUUGCAGUCAUGACCUCGACCCCUGAGAUAGUCAAGUGUCUGGUGGACCACGGUGCUCGCCUCACGGCGAGGCUAGCAGAUGGCAGGACUGCUCUUCAUCUUGCAGCUGCUCGAGGCCAGACCGAGAUGAUUAAGAUACUCAUGGAGAAGAGUAUCGAGAAUGAAGAGGCUGAAGAGGAGCGUCAGGCAAGGCGUCGUAAGGCAAGUGGUAUCAUGAGGUCUGAUGUUGGAGGAACGACACAUGAUACCGAGAGUGAGGAUGUUGAAAACCCCGAGCCUGAAGACUCUAAAGACUCUGAAAAUUCUGAUGGCGAACUCGUUGACGAUGCCAAGACAGAAACCGAUGUUCAGUCGCUUGCUACGGGGUCGUUUGUGAAAGUGAAGAAGCAGGAUGGCGACGGCAACGACGAUGACGUGGCUCUGGAAGCAUCAGAGGAUGAACCAGAUUACUACCAGAUUGACGUCCUUGCCUGGGAUGUUCCUUGCUCGCCCCUGCAUCUCGCCAUCGCCGAGGGGCACGAGGAGACGGUGAAGCUCCUUUGCGAUUAUGGAGCAGACUCUAUCCUGCCAGUCAAAUUUCUCAGCUCCGACUCUGACAACACUGCUGCGAUUCUCACUUUGACGCUUGCACUCUCUCUCCCGACUGAAAAAGCCAAGUCCAUGGCCAGACUUCUCCUUCGGCUCGGUGCAACCUCGUCACAGGCCGAUUCCCGAGGCUACACAGCCUUCCAGAAAUAUAUCGACACAGGCAAGAGCGAAGUGAUUGAUGUUCUGCUCGACACGGACAGGAUGGGCGUAAAGACAUCCAUCAAUCACUUGGCGUUCACCGGCUACAGCUGGAAUGCGAACACGACCUCGCCCCUUCACAGCGCAGUCGAGCGAGGGGAUUCGGUUCUGGUCCUCAAAUUGCUCAAUGCUGGAGCCAAGAGCCAGAUUGAUUUCGACACUUGGCUGAAGGCUGCCAAAGUAUCCUCGAUUCAUGGCAACCUCGGUGAUCUGGACCAUGCGCGCCGCAGUUAUCGAGAAUCCUUGGAGCAACCUCUUAUUGCCGCCAUUCGUUCUGGCAACGCCGAUGCCGCCAUCAAACUCUUGGAAGACGGCGCUGACCCGAAUGCUCUUACAUCAGACACCAAUCGCCUCCUGAUUGACGAGUACAGACGCAGGUGGAACCAUGGUACUUCAGCUCUGGACCUUGUCCGAGACGUCAUCCAUGAGCUUUUGAUGUACAAGGGAGAAAAGGCUCUUUUCACCGAGCCCACUUCUCAGCCAGGCAUGGAUGAGUAUCUUGAGAAAAUCGAGACGAACACGUAUACUCACUGGAUCGUCUCGACGGACGUAAAGAAAUCCAAGAGCCGUUUUGAAUUCGAAGAGAAGGCGUAUGCCAAGGAGGUGGAGCGCCUAAGGACCUUGCAGGGGGCCGCCGAGAAGAAGGAGGCCAUCGACGAGACCCUGUCAGAGUUCACGAAUCUGGAGAGCGCUCUGAUUGCCAAAGGCGGCAAGGCGUUUAGCGAGCUGCACCCCGACAUCGAUGCCCAGCCGCGGACAUUGAAAGCACCCCAGGAUCGAGAAGUUGAGAAAGUACAUGAGAAGUAUAAGUACGACUUCAGCUUCAACAACGACCCAGAUAUGAACGAUGCGAGAAGGGACGGAUAUGUCCAGCUCAUGGAAGCCGCGUGGUCCGGAGACUUGGAUCGCAUAAAGUCGAUGACCCUAGAGGCGUGGGGUCCGGAGAAGGAUCGAGCACCGCUUAAGAUGUCGAUCUCGGAUAAGUCGCAGAACUCUCCCUUUUCAGUUGCGUUUCUCAAAGGCCACAAGGACGUCGCUCAUGCCAUUCUUGAGAUUGUCAAAGCUCAAUGGUCUGCCCCGGAGAAGGAGAAUCUGCGGUACAAAAUGGAGCAAGAGGACGACGAUGAUGAGGACGAGAACGACAGCGAGGAUUCGGCAAACGAUGACGACGACCAGCCACGGAUCGUUUCCGAGAACCUGGACAAGACAUUCACCAUUGAAGAUAUUGGAAAGGUGUCUAUGCAAGUCAAAUCGCAUGACAAGCCACUCGACAUUCUUUGCAGAUCCUUUCAGACCUUCACCAUCAAUGACAAGGCCGUCACAGAAAUGCACUCCAGACGCAGUCUAUUCGUGCAUGUGCUGGAUAAGGACGACACGGCGGGUCUCAAAGCGCUAUUGGACAUGGCGCAGCACUUCUCGGGACAAAAGUUGCCGUGCGAUGAAGAAGAAGGCAGCGAAAAUUUUACUUUCCCCGAAUCUGACUUCCGUUGGGCUGUAGAGAACGGGAAAACGGGACUUCUUGGAUUGAUCAUCAAGCGCACUGGCGCAGGAAUCCCGCUGGACCACUUGGUCAAGAAAAGCGGUGUUGAAAUCAAGAAGAAGCCUCGCUACUACCAGGGCCUAACUGUCUACGGCAAGAAGAGAAAGGACUGGGCGACGGCGGGUCGCAGUAUGGUGACGAGAACAACCGGUCUACGGACCCCUCCACUUCUUCAUGCAGCUCUCGGUGGCUCCCUCGAAGGCAUCGAGUUCUUCUUGAGCGAGACACCACAUCGCCUUUACGGAGAGUUCGGCAAAAGCAAAGCGGCUCGGGACGAUCCUCGCCUGAAGCAUCUGAAGGAGAGUCCGAAGGGGUUCGAGAGAGCCAUAUCCAAGUGGCUGGGGGCUGACAACGACUUGGUCAUUCACUGUGCGGUGCUGAGCACUGUAACUAAGGAAUCGGUAGAGUUGCUCGGGUACCUGGUCAACGCUUGCCCCGAAUUCAUCGAGAAGAAGACUUCCAGCGGCGAUACGCCUUUGAUGGUCGCCUGCAGUCUCGGCCGGAUCGAAUACGUCAAGACACUCCUUGCCGCCGGGGCCGACCAGUCCACCAGGAAUGCGAGUGGCGAGAAUAUUGUUCACGCAUCGCUCAAGGGUAACCCCACUGCUGCUCAUAUCAAACCCUUGAUGGAAAUUCUCGAUUCAGAUCUACGAAAGCACCUAUUCUUGCAGCGGAAGAGCCUCGAGCACAACGGCACUACUCCCCUGCACACAUGGAUCUCUCGAGUCUGCGGCUUGUCGGACAGUGGAGAGACCACGAGCUACUACCACUACAACAGGAGCUACUACAACCAGGCGCCGUCAGAAUAUCGGGAUCAGGAAGUAGUUGUGACUAUGGCCAAGCUUCUGCUAGGAUACUCGAAUGGCGAAGAGCUGGAUAUGCUCAACGGGGCUGGAGAGACUUGCCUGCACACCGCCGUCAAGCGCGAGGUGAUCUCGCUCGUCAAGGUCCUAGUUGACUUCAAGCCUCAGCUGCUGCUUCGGGAGAAUGCGGUCGGUCGCACGCCCGCCGAGAUUGCGCAUGACCAGCUUCAGAGCCAGACGUUCGAAAAACCCAACGAUCACUACCGACACCGGACGUCCACGGCGGUGGAAGAUCUCAUCAACAAGCAUGUCGACAAUUUUGCGACUGAGUCGAAGGCCGACAAAGCUGAUGACGCUACCAUCAAGGGCAAGCUCCAGGCUCUCGGCCUCAGCGCCGACUACGACGAGGGAGAUCUUGUCUCUCUGUUGGCAGCAAUGGGCACCAGCGGCGGCAAGUCGGGGUCGACGCCAUCGUCUGGGACGAUGAAAAAAGCAAUCUGGGACUUUUGCUUCUCGGCACUGAGCAAAGAUUCGGGGAAGCGCCGACUCGUGAGCCUCAAUGAGGCCAAUGACGUGGCCAGACGGCUAGGCGAAAAGCACACGCCGUCUCGCUACUUCAGCGUAGAGAACCGCAAGGACGAGGAUGAGGAGGAGCAAGGGUCGCAGGAUGGCAAAGAUGACACGACGGACUUUGUGGUCAGAGAGAUGCAGCAACGCAGGGGCAAGGCAUGGGAGUUCUCCGAGUACGAGGCAGAGAAGCUCGGCAUCUCCAAGUGCGACGGGUGUGGGAGAUACCACCCGUAAAAAGCUGGAAGGAAGGUCUGCAGUUUACUUCACAGAAAGAUUGUGAGGCCAGGUGGCUUGGUGCGAGAUGUAUCAGCUUCCAUGUACGGUGCUUGUUUGCUAUGGAUGUGGUAGUGAGGGAAUAGGAGAUGGUCCGAGCCUUGGUGCGCUUUAACAGAAACCUUCGUGGGG